AUUAAUUUUUUUAGUUAAAACGACCGAUAAAAUUUAUUGUUAUAAUCAAAUUGAAAAAUAUAUAUAAUCAGUUUAUUAAGCUCUUAAUAACGCGUGGAUCCAACAUUACCAAUCAUUUUGAUUGGUUAUCGAUAUUUAUAUUUACAUUUACUAUUAAUAAUUUAUUAGUAUAAAUAAAUCCCGACGAUUUUUUUCCGAACGGGUUUUCCCGCGGAAAUAAAAACGAUGUACGGAUACGAGAGCCUGAGUCGCACGGACGCCCGCAAGGCGGAGCAGAUAGAUCUAGAGUCAGGGGAGACUCUUUACCCGGGACUCGGCUAUGGCGAGAAUGAGCUCCGAUGGGGCUUUAUCCGCAAGGUCUACGGCAUCCUGGCGGUGCAGCUAUUGCUUACCACCGUGGUCUCCGCCUUUGUGGUUUCGUCGCCGUCGAUCAUCGACCUCCUACGUGGAAACUCAGGCCUCUUGCUCCUCUUCUGUUUAGUCCCUCUCAUCUUGGUGUGGCCCUUGCACGUCUAUCACCAAAAGCACCCACUGAAUUUUAUCAUCCUUGGCGCCUUCACCGUGUUUCUGAGUCUCACAGUCGGUGUGAGCUGCGCCAACACUGAUGGAAGAAUAGUGCUUGAAGCACUAAUUUUAACAGCAGCUGUGGUUACAUCUCUUACUGGCUACACUUUCUGGGCAUCUAAGAAUGGCAAGGACUUUAACUACCUUGGGCCAAUUUUGUUCACCAGCCUUGUGAUCCUCGUCCUAACCAGUCUAAUCCAGAUGUUCUUCCCACUCGGCCCAACCACUACUGCCAUCUAUGGUGCAAUCAGCGCCUUGGUAUUCUGCGGGUUCAUAGUCUAUGACACCAACAACUUGAUCAAGCGCUUCACAUACGACGAUUACAUAUUAGCAUCCGCCACUCUCUAUUUAGACAUCCUGAACUUGUUCAUUUCCAUUAUGCGGGUUCUGAGAUCAGGUGACAGUUAGUUGUAUCAUAUUCACUCACAAGGUCAGGUUGGCAAGAACCGAAACAAGGUGACACUAAAAUACUUUCGCCGGUGGUUUCUUCACGAGUACCAAGCCAGCUACUUCUGUUUGCAGUAUUUCUAACCUGAUCAGUAUCAUAUGGGGGAUAUGCAUAAUUGGAACUAUCCUAACUUUAUAUCAUUGGUUCUCUCUUCUUGUUCAAUACCACGUUUUUUUAUUCUUAAUAAGUUUUGCUUAUGAGGUUGCUUUAUUAUAUGUAAUAUUCAUUGUCCAUGGAUCAAUUUACAGAUUAUCUUAUCUUUGGGUUAA